AUGAUGUGGUCUUUGUUUAGGGCUUUGCUUUCUGCUUCGUUGCAGCUGGCCCGGAUUCAGACUGACAGCAUAGUCAAGAUGCUCCGUGAGCUGUACCCCGAGCUCCACUUUGAGAUUGUUGCCAUGUCAACUACUGGAGACAAGAUCCUGGAUACAGCACUUUCCAAGAUCGGGGAGAAGAGUCUCUUCACCAAAGAGCUGGAAAAUGCACUUGAAAGAAAUGAAGUUGACCUCGUGGUUCACUCCUUAAAGGACCUGCCAACUUCUCUUCCUCCUGGCUUUACCAUCGGUGCUGUCUGCAAAAGGGAAAACCCACUUGAUGCCGUUGUCUUUCAUCCCAAAAACUCUGGGAAAACACUGAGCCUCCUUCCUGAAAAGAGUGUGAUUGGAACCAGUUCACUUCGCAGAGCAGCUCAGCUCAAAAAGAAGUUCCCUCAGUUAGAAUUCAGGGAUAUUAGAGGGAAUUUAAAUACCCGCUUAAAGAAGCUAGAUGAGAAGGAGGACUUCAGUGCCAUCAUCCUGGCUGCUGCUGGCCUGAAGAGAAUGGGCUGGGAGAAUCGCAUUGGUCAGCUCCUAAACCCUGAAGAUUGUCUGUAUGCUGUUGGACAGGGCGCCUUAGCAGUGGAAGUUCGUGCCAAAGACCAAGAGAUCCUGGAUAUGGUGUCUGUCCUGCACGAUGCAGACACUGUGUUAUGCUGCAUUGCUGAGAGAGCCUUUAUGAAACGUUUGGAGGGUGGAUGUAGCGUCCCUGUCGCCGUCAGCACGAUGUUGAAAGAUGGCCAGCUGUAUUUGACAGGAGCCGUCUACAGUUUGGAUGGAUCCGAUAGCCUGAAGGAGACUAUGCAGACCAGUGUUAGGUAUCCCCAACAGCAUGAAGAUGGACCAAAUGAUGACGUGCAGCAUGUUGGCAUCACAGCCAAGAACGUCCCUGGUCAGGCCCUGGAAGCUGCAGAGAACCUCGGUGUUGAACUAGCUAGUUUACUUCUGAGCAAGGGAGCGAAACAUAUCCUUAGUGUGGCAAGGCAGCUCAACGAUGCCCACUAAACCUGUGGUGUGCCCUGCACAAUUGCCACAACUCUGGCAAGUCUUGGCAGCUAUGCUGUCCUCCUCCUUUGGAGGAAGGGAUUUCUUCAAAUGCUCGCACUGGUCUCAUCUGACAUGUGGGCACAAAAGCUUGAAAUACCAAGUUAACUGAAAUCUUUUAUGCUGUUC